CAUGCUGUCGAAUCAGUGUUGGAUUUCAUGUUACUGGUGGUGUAUUUUAAGUAAUAUGAUUAAGAAUAUUGGGAUUAUAUACAACUAGUGUUCGUGACAGGGGCUUAAUAAUUAAGACCUACCUUGAGUUUUAAGAAGAUGCAAAUGGAUGCAGAGUCAAGUGAUUAAACAGAUGAAAAGUCCACAUGAAAUACAGAAAAUGGUAUGAAAAAAAAGGAAAGAGUGAUCGAUAGAAGAUGUCAAGCAACGUUGACACGACUACUUUGAUCAGUCUUACCCGGAACAGAAAUAAACUUAUGCGUUUAGCCCAAGGCAUAAAGACAAAGAAAAAGCCCGGCAGUAAGAAAAGUAUCAACCUGAAACUAGACCCUGCUUACACGAACAUAGAACAUUUGGUAUUCGGCACUUAUCGACCUCGAUCCACUACACCUGUAGUGGAAGACAAGAGUAAAGGAGAUAAUAAGACUGACAGCUACGAGCAAAUAGAAAAUGUUACUGUGGUGCAGGAUGAUGUUUGCAGCAAGGACGACGACCCCAGCAUAUCGUAUGAGAGCAUUGCUUGUAGCUUAGAGGUACAAUCGAGAGAUGGCGCUACGGGUCAGUCAACUGUGAAAGAAAGUGAACAUUCCGAGUUUGAAACAAACGGCAGUGUGCUCCAGGCAGCUACACGUCGAAUCUCCCCAGAGAUCCCCGAGGGUUGGAACGGGAAAAAUGAUCAUACCACUGUUUCUACUUCCUUUUUUAAAGGUAGUGAAAGAGAUGACGAACAACUGUCAAUACUUACUUUGGAAAGAGAUGUUUGUAGCGCAGAUGAACAAAAUUGGUUAGCAAAAACAGUUAGAAGGGGCAGUGAAAGACUAACUGAUAAUGGUUUUCCGUGUGAACGUGGCGAUAUGGAGCAUAUAUUACAUAUGGGUGAUAGUGAAGCAGUGGAUAACGACUUACAUCCUACUCUUAACCAUUCAUCUGUAAAGCCUGACAAUGAAACUUUCACGGAGGACCAGUGUGGAGCAUUUAAAACAUCUGAAUCUAGCUUCUGUAGUGAAGAGUUGGGUGAUUCUUCCUGUGAUAAUUUUGCUAAUGCUGUGAAUUACACCGAUGACUCGCAGUUUUUUGUGACUCCAGACAGCUCAUAUUUAAGCUUAAAUAGAGAGGACCAUGAGGAAACUGAUGGUGCUGAGGUUUUUUGCACUCCAUGUGGAAAUUUUAAUGGAGAAAAUUUUAGAGAGCCCGAAAAUGUAAUACAAAGUAAUGAAAAUAACGAAAGUGACAACAAAGUGUCUGGAACGCCUAUUAGUAGUGGCGAUUAUAUGUGUGUGACUGCAACAAAAUCAUUUAUGUCCAACCUAAGAAAUGAAGAUACUAUCAACACAAGUAAACAUAGGACUCCUACCAGGCAUAAUAAACAAAUCUUUCAAUCUACAGGCACUGUGAAAAAACAGACUAAGAGAAUACCAAUCAUAGAAAGGGAAGUUUAUCAUUCAGUAGGAAGUUGCCCACUUAACAACCAUAUUAAUGAUUCUCAUUGUAUUGAUAAGACUAAAGUUAACUUAACACCAACAGUAAAGAAAAAAUUGAGUAAUGAAAACGUAGAACUUUUCAGGACUAAUUCUAAUAGACAGAACAUAAAAGGUGAUGUGACAUCUAGUAUUGAUGAACUUCUUAACAUGCAGAAGGAAGGAAGUACUUGUGUUAGAGGCUCUAGCAAGCUAUGUGGUAGACCUAGUUCUGUACCUACAGGAGUUCUGUGUGAUUCAGAUUCUAACUCUUUGUUACAUAGCCAGUCUUUUCCUUGCAAGUCCUCUCUCAGUAAGUUUCAGAAGUUUCGGUCAACAUCUAUUUCUGAUAAUUCUAAAAUUAGUUUAGAAGGAAAGAAAAGUUCUGAUAAAACAGGCUCUCCAGUUCUUCUGACAUAUAGGCCUCUGUCUUCAACAGCAAAGCUAGAAGAAACUCAUCGAAACAAAUGUGACAAUAGUCAAAUAGCAGAUACAUCUUCCUUGAAAGUAUUAAGAACCCCAACAGAAAAGUCAUUUGAAAACCAAUCAAAACAUUCUUCAGGUAUUCCUAAACCCAAAAUUCAUGUUAAACGAACUUUAACACCCUUUAGCUCACCACAAAUGUUUUCAGCUUCCAAUUUGGUUACAAAAGAAAAACCUGCUAAUGAAGAACUUUGUGACUUAAAUGAUGAUGUAAAUAUUUCUCUAGAUCACUCAGGGUUUUUUAGAACCAAGAGUAUUUCAUAUGGUUUCAGGAAAAAAUCAGAUCAAACUUUUCGUAAAGCUGCUUCGGUAUGUGAAAAGUCGAAGGUUAAACCACCAAACAUUCCAACUAUAAGAAAUCUUAAGAUACCCAAACAUGGAGACUAUAUUUCUGAUUCUAGAAGUUCCAUUUCUUCAUCAACUGGAGAAUUUAAAAAUGAAAUUUCAUCUGCAAGUCAGAAACAAGAAAAAUCUGUACAAAAGAAUAGCAGAGUAUGUGGUGAAGCUGUUACAUGUAAUAUUACAGUUACUCCACCAUCUUAUAUAGAAAAUGAUGCUAUGGAUAUUAAUCAUACAAUAGGAGGUAGAAAGAGUGUUAAUGGAAUUUCAUCAAGUUUAGGAAAUUUUAACAAGGCACCAUCUAGGUCAUCUUUAAAUGAGUGUCAAUCUAAUUUAACAUCUAAACCUAUAUCAAAAUCACCAUUAUCUAGCUCAAGUUCAAGCCUAACUGGAUCUAAGACCAGCCUUUUAUCAAAAAAUGAUGUUUUGAGUUCAACAAAAAUCAUCAAGAAGAUAACAAGAAAUGACCAGACUGCUCACCAGUCAAGUUCAGAAUCUUUAAAGCAUUUGAAAUAUGGAAUGACAGUGCAAAAAUCAUAUCAAACGGAUAAAAUCAAACUUCCUUCAUAUUUAGGAUCUUGUACAAAUCAUGACAUGCUCCAAAACACAUCCAAAGAUGAACAGGACUUUACCAAAUUUUCAGUAAAGACUAAAGUUGACCUUGAAUAUGGAGAGAAAGAAAGCAAACUUGUUCAGGGUUCUUGCCAUAAUCACUCUGGAAUUCCAGUUCCAUCUUGUAACGAAAUUAACAAUUCAAAAAAAGAAACUUUAAGAAGAACAAACUCUGCUUCUAAAAAUAGUUUUAAUAUUAAACCUCCAGUCCCGAUUAAGCCCACCAAAAUUCAUAGCCCUCCUGUAGUCGAUAAAAAGUGUAUUUUGACUAACUUCAGUGUUUCCAACCAAACAUUAUCUACUAAUGAGACAGUUCAGAAAUCAUAUAAAAAGUCAGAUACUAAUCUUUCUUUCAUGAGAAACUUCACAAAUAAGAACCAUUUCUCAAAUUCUGAUAACUACAAAUUCCAGCAUGUUCCUGAAACCCCCAAAAAUAGUAAAAAUGGUACAGUUUUAAACAAUGAUAGUAUUGGAUCAGUUUCCCAAACCUCAAAUAUUGAUGAAAUAGAUGGUUAUAAAGUAAAGGAUAAUGAAUUUUCUGGUACCUAUUUAGCUCCCAGUGACAGUUGGCCAUUUGAAACACACCCAAGUAUAUCAAACUCUUCUCCGAGGUCCUCAACCCAAUUAUGUAACAGUGCCAAUAUAUAUCCCAAUUGUUGUGUAGAUUGUCAUCAAGACACUAGCAUGAUAAAUCAUAAGACUUCCAGGUCCUUAUCUGUGGAUAGUGGUUAUCAAAAUGUCAUCAAUACACAGGAAAAGUCUUUUAAAAAGUAUAAUCAUGGCCAAACUUGUGAUCCCCUUCAAGAUAUUUGCAGAAAAGUUCAUGGAGAGAACAUUCGUGAUACUAAAGAGGCAACACCCUCACGUGUUAUUAAAAGGUCAGAAUCUUUUGAAGAAUGGGCUGUUGAACACUUAAAAGCUUUGAUUUCUCCACAAGAUCAAGAAUUCAACCAAGUAACUCCUCCUCAAGUAUUCCCAAAGAAUAAUCAUGGAAAUGAGGUUCCAAAUGACUUGGAUAAUAAAACACAAGUGAAAACCAUAAGAAAAUUAAAUAAGAAGAGCUAUUCUGUUCCAAACAGAAUGAUUCAUAAUGCUACAGGUGUUAGAAAAAACCCAUCUUCAUGUCUGCCUGUUAGGUCGCUUUCCUUGAGCUCCAGCCCUCUUCAUUAUAAGAUGGCUUCUAGCUCUAUUAGAGGAUUUGAUGCAGCUAAAACAUUACUUCCAGAAAGUGUAUGGGAUCAUAGUGAAAUGGGAAUGUCAGAUAUUGAAGAGAAAGAUGAGAAUUCUUCUUCUGGUGCAAGUAGAGCAGGGUCUGAAGGACCAGCAGAACAUUGCAGAGAGCAUACUUUAAAUUCUAAACGGCACUAUUCUAUAAAGCACCUUCUACCAGACAGGCUUGAUGCUGCUAAAAAUAAAUCUAGAAUUACACCUAAAUUUAAAUCAGAAUCACUGGGAUUGGAAAGACUUCUUCCUAUUGGAUUUCCUUUAACUAGUAUUACAUCAGGUGAAAGUCUCCAAUUAUUUGACAAAGAAGAUAGAAUAAUAACUAGUACAUCUUUUGGUGUAAAUGACAACAAUACUAAAUCUUCUAGUUGGUCAUCAUUAAAGAAGAAAACUGUGGAUGAUUACAGUAAUGGGUCGAUUGCUAAGGAUGUAGAGGAUCACUCAUCAUUUCAGCAUUUUAAUUGUGUAUCAUCUUCAUCGGAAAGUCCAAAGCUAGACCUCAAAGCUAUGGGAGUAAAUAGUGGAGAUAUGGAAGCUGUCAGUGUAUCUGACACAAGGCCCAACAUGGGAGAUCCAGUGACUGGUUUAGAUUCAACAAGUAAAACCACCUCAGGGCUGUUAGGAAACUUUCUUUUGCCCACAAGACUGUUAAGAAACAGACAAAUUUCUAAAUCUGAGAGGCAGCUAAAAGCAUCUAGUACUCCAGAAUUUGUAACUAGUAGCAGUGAAGAUGUUAGACAGAAACAAGAAGCUCGUAGGCCAUGGUCAUAUGUUUACAGUGAAAAGGAAGCUCAGAGACUCCUAGAUAAUAAUUCAUCUACCUCAAGUAGUAUUUCUACUGUUCAAAGGUUUAUGCAUUAUCCAGAUGAAACAGUUAUUUCUAAAUCUGAAGAGCAUUCUUCAGGUACUGACAGUGUAUUGCCCUUCUUUACUAGAUAUUCAUCUGUUCGUUCAACUAGUACUCGUUUCUCAGGAAAUGAUGGUGUAUUACAGAAAUUUAGAAAAAGUUUCUCACUCCGGUUCCAAAAAGGAAGAAAAUCAGGUUCACCUCCACAGUCCACCAUUGGUCAAGAAGGAGUUGGUAGCUCAAAUGAGCCUGUUAUUCCUCAAGUAGUGCUUCCUGAUACAAAUGAACACGUGUGUACAUCUAGCUCAGAGGUUUUGGAAUCUUCUGCAAGCUCUGCUGACCAGGAUCAAACAAAUCAGAAAAACAGGACAGAGGACUCAGAUUUUGGCUUCAAAAUAGGUCCCUUGAUUCUUAGAACAUCCAGGGAGCGUCGGAAAGCUAAGAGGCUGAAAAAAGAUGCUAGAGAGUCCAAAUGCAACAGUGCUGAUAGUGGAAUACAGUUGGAAUCUCUGUUCCCGAAUAGUGAGGGUCCAACAGAGUCAAGUUCAGCAGCUGAUAGUCCUGCUGUCAUUCGACGGCGAGCAGCUUCAACCUCAGAGUCUUCUCCAAAAGUUAAACCUCCACAGCGUCCACAUUCUGACACUGGUGGAAGUUUGGCUGAAGCUUUAUCUAUCCAGCUGGGUGAAAGAUCAAGAAGUACAAAAGAGAGAAGGCCAUCAUUAGAUCUGUCCAAUACAGGACUUCUUCAGUCAUUACAGAAAGUACCAAGUGUUGAGAGGCAAAUGUCAACACCUCCACCAAUUAAAGUUCGCACAGAAAGAUCCAGACCACUGCUUAGAAGACAUAAGGCACGAUCAAAACUCAGGCGCUCCAUUAGCCAACCUUUAGAUCUGGAAAAGCUGGGAGUGGGUGUGAAAAUUGAGGAUAAUUUACAUGGGAUUUCAGACCAUAGUGCUAGUGUGGCAUCUUCAGAUGAUGAAUUUUCUUCAGAUGGAGAGGGACAUCAUGCAUUUUCAAACAGAGACACGUCAUUCAGAGAAGUGUAUGGGGAUUCUGUCACCUUUGCUGAAGCCCUUUGGGAUCAUGUGACAAUUGAUACAGAGGAAUUAGCCUUUAAGGCUGGUGAGGUGAUCGAGGUAACUGAUUCAAUGGACAAAGACUGGUGGUGGGGUUCAGUGGCUGACCGAAGUGGUUGGUUCCCUGCUGCAUUUGUUCGGUUACGUGUAAACCAGGAAGAUACAGUUGAGGACUGUAUUAGUAAAAUGGCUGAUGGAACACUCACAAGGCAGCCUCCACGUAAGAUGAGCGUUAGUUUACUUAGCAAUGAGCAGGUUCGAGCUAAUGUAAUUCAAGAGAUUAUAAGCACCGAAAAGGAUUUUGUUCAGCACUUAGAAGAUGUGGUAGAGGGUUACCUGAAACAAGUCCGUCGUCGACCAGACAUGUUUUCAGCUGACAGAAUCACCACAGUGUUUGGUAACAUUCAAGAAAUCUACAGAUUUCAGAGCAGUUUCCUGCAGCAACUUGAAGCUUGUAUUGACUGGGAUGCUCCUUACAAGAGUCUAAUUGGAGACUGUUUCUCUCAACAUAAAGAAGAGUUCAGAAUCUACUCUGAUUACUGUAAUAACCAUCCUUUAGCAGUCAGUGAAUUACAAGAGAUGUACAGUUAUCCAAAAUACUGUCAGUUUUUUGAGGCUUGCAGACUUCUUCAAGAUAUGAUAGAUAUCUCACUUGAUGGUUUUCUCUUGACCCCUGUCCAGAAGAUAUGUAAGUAUCCUUUGCAGCUAGCAGAACUGCUCAAGUACACUCAUGUUGACCACCCCGAUUACCAGCCAGUCAAGAAUGCCUUGGAAGCCAUGCGAGAAGUGGCCCAGCUGGUCAAUGAAAGGAAACGUAGAAUGGAGUGUUUAGAAAGACUAGCUGAAUGGCAGCAGUCAGUUGAUGGAUGGGAGGGCCCUGAUCUUCUCACAACUGCUUCUGUUCUGAUUCACAAUGGGGACGUCACUCGUGUUUCUCCGGCCUGGUCUCGUGAACAUAGUUUGUUCUUGUUCGACCAUCUUUUAAUUUAUUGUAAAAAGGAUCUAUUAAAAAGGAACAACUUUGUGUAUAAAGGAAGAAUACCUUUAGAUUUUUCCCAGGUUCUUGAUGUAGAAGAUGGAAAAGAUUCUCAGUUUGGAGUGACUGUGAAACAUGCAUGGAAGAUCUAUUGUGGAAGUAGAGAGAAAUGGUUCAUGUUUUACACCAAAACAGCAGCUGAGAAAGAUCGUUGGAUGCAGGCAUUUAAGGAAGAAAGAAAGCUUGUUGAAGAAGACAAAGAACAAGGUUUCAUUAUCACGGAACAAGCCAAAAAGGCUGCCAAGUUAGCCUUACUUAACAAGCAGAAGCCCAAGAGGCCACGAGCAAAGAUACCAAAGAGCUGUCGACCUCACCCAGAUACUGCAGUGGUUGAACUUUUGCUUGACCAUCCAGGGAGUCCAAAGACCAGGUCAGGAAGUCUCCCGUCCAAUCUUCAUCCUAGCUUGGUGGUGAACUUGGGAAAUAGACACUCCCCACCAAAGAAAAAAGGCUCAGGAUGGUUUCACUUUGGUAGUGGCAAGAAACCCAGAAAAUAAACACUGUAAUAUUGAGACCAGUAAGCAUUACAUAACUCCAAAUUGAACCAGUAGAAAUUUUUCAAUAUAUACUGGUUUGUUAAGUGUUGAGAUGUUCAGCAUUGGUGAAUAUGAAAUGUCAAAAUUCUGAUGAGGUGGCUCUAAAUUACUAGUAUUUAAGACAGUCAGUUCCCAGGAUGUGUGCCAACUGUAAAAAUAAUGUUUUUCUGCACUACCUGUGUUCUAGCUGCAAUUUAAAUUUUACACACUGAUUAAUGAGUUUUACAGUGUGUGUAUGUGUGCAUGUUUUACUCAAAUUCCACUGUGUUGUAUAUAAUAAUUAUGAAAAAUCUUUGGUUUCUGUUGGGUGAUCUUGAAACUAUUAUCGAGUGAAAAGAAAUGGUCAGUGAACGUUUUUUUCUGGCCUUGAAUAAUUAUAUAUAUAUUCAAGAUAUAUUGUAGCAAUAUUAAUCAUAAUAAAGGUUUUUUGCCUUUUAUUUUUCUGUUUUUAUGGAUAAAAAAAUGUGAUCACACUACAAGGUUGUAUGUCUGUAAGGUAGUUCAGUUACUUUUGUGAAAAAUGAGGAAUUGCUUAGUCAGUUUUUUCCACAAAAAUAUGAACCAUUAAAAUUUACUUUAGUUUUUAAACAGGCAUAAUUGAUAGUAAAGUACUAAAAGCACUGAAAAACUUUAUCUGCUCAGGAAUACAUUUAUAAGCUGAUUAGUUGUGUCAAACAUAAUGUAUAUACAUGCUUGGCAAGUAUUGCUCUAUUUAUAAAUGAUUAAAAAAUACCUGGCUAGCCAGUGUUUUUUCAGUGUUGACCUUUGUUUUAUUAUUAUUAACUUACAGACAGAUUUUUUUCAUUUUAUAAAGCUUUUUUUUUUUAAUAUACGAGGCUUCACUUGUAACUUUUGGGGUGGUACACUGCUAAUCCUUGUCCAUUAUAUUUUAAAAUAUAAUGUUACAUAUUUCCUUCCAUCACUAGAAAGUGUGGUUAUUAUGUUAUUAACAACUGGUAUUGUUAUGCCGAUCAUGUCGCAAAAACUUUAGCUCAUAAGUGUGGGACUUGUUUCAGUGUGAAACAAAUGUGUUCUUGGAUAAGUAAGCUGUAUAAUGCCUUUUUACAUGUCAUAUUAAAUAAUUAUACCACAUUUAAAUAUCAUAAUGUUAUACAUUCUUAGCUUGGUGUAGUCUUGUAAUAGUAAUUUUAUAUUGAAUCAGUAUUUGAAACUUAAUCUUACUGUUUAUUGCAGUGUGAUAUAUUUUUUGAUUUAUUUAAGACUGUUUUAAAGUUCUCCUGGAUCUUUAUUAAUGACUACUCCUUCAGACAAGAACGUUUAUAGAAAGUCUUUCAUUGUUAUGCUUUAAUCUUGUCAUUAGCCCAUUGAAAAGUUAGAAGUUGUCUAGUUUAUCCUAAGCAUUUUUGGGUACAAAUGAAAAAUGAGUAAUAUCAUUGUAUGGUUUAUAUAUUUGCUUUCUUUCCAUAAAAUUGUAUUAUAUUUUAAAGAUGGAAAGUUGCUCAAGACAUUUCUACUUCUUUCUUUUUCCUUGCUAUUGAGUUAACAUUCAUUGUGGAUAUACAUAUAUAAUUAAAACUGUUUAAUAUUUCUCUCCCAAUCAUGUGUUGACACAAUUGUAUCGAUGUUAUGACAUUUUUCAAUGUUAUUACUGUACACACACACACACACACAUAUAUAUAUAUAUAUAUAUUGCUUUAAGCAAUCUGAAACUAACAAGUAAAGAUAAGCAGUUUCAGAAUUUGUUCUCAUUUCUUGUGUACUUUAUGGUUUUGAAAGAAGUGCUUGUGAACUAAGAGUCAAAGUAAGGAUCUUUAGACAGUUUUGAAAAUUAAAAAUAAGAAGUAUAGAAAUUAUCUAGGGUUCUGUAAUGCAAUAUGAUUUUAUCACCAAGUUGUAUUACCAACAAAAAUGCAGUAUAAAAAGUGAUUUUAUAAUGUUACCAAAAUUUAAUGAUAUUAACCUUCAGAGAGUGGUUAUGGAUUACCACUUGCUGUUGGUGCAUAAUUUUGUUAAGGAAUUUAUUAACUGAAGAUCAAGUUUUGAGACAUUCUUAUUAUUUCCAAAUGAUCUACUAUGCCACAGCACAGACAUCAACAAUUUAACCCACCUAGUAGCAGUUAUAACAAAUUGAAGCUAUAAAAAAAAUCACUUUCAUUAUUUUAAAAUGUGUUUCAAAGGCAACUAGAAAAACAUAUUAACUACUGUGACUGAAAAAAACAAAAACAUGAUAAGGUUAUCAAAUAGAUCACAUGGAAUUUGUUAAUAGAAUUUUGGUUUCAUACAAAUAGGGACAGGUGAUUGUUGUAAAAGGUCCAAGAAGAGGGGGAAAAAAAAGGUGCAUGACACCAGCUAGUAUUCAAAAAUUAAAAGGUGUAUGAAAAAAAGUACAAAAGUGUUGUGUGUGUGUGCUUUUAAACAUUCAAGUACAUUCUCUUCUUGGAUCUUUCUUUAGUCUUAGAAAUAAGUGUGUGAUAUUAUGCUUUUAAGAAUAAUUGAAAACAGUCAAAAUAAUACAAAUUUCAGGAAGAUUACACAUUGCAUACAUUAUAAAAUAAUAAUAUUACACAUCUGGAUGAAUAAACAAUAAUAGGAUAGCCUUUAUUUGAACAUUAUAAGUUUUAAUUACACUUGAGAAAAUAGAAAUUUCAUAAAAAGGAAAUAUAUACUGAAUAUUAAUAUAUUAUUAAGCAAAUAUAUAAUAUGGAUGAAAAGACUAUCAUCUUAUUUUUAAGUUGAUAGCAUUGUUUUUGUUAACAGAAAUUGCAAUAACAGAAUGCCAUCCUUCAAAUGUGGGAAGGAGCAGUAGUAAUACAUACAAUAUUAGUUUAAAGUGAUAUAAACCCCAUAUUGUGUCUUAUUGAGAGUUGCAAUACUUUAAACACUGAAACAGUUGUUAAAUUUAUGUGAAAUGAAACAUGUUAGUUGUAAUAUUGUUAAGUUUAAUUAUGAAAGACUGAUGUUUUGGCAGUAUAACAUUGAUGGAUGCAUUAGUUGAAUAUACAGUAAAAGUUGUUACAGAAAGACAAAGUGAUUAUAGUGAAAACCCAAGUAUUAACAACUUUUAACAUAAAUAAUGUAGCUACAAAAUGAAUUGUUAGUAAAUGGUUGAGGUAUGUAAUCAGUAAUGCUAAUUUAAUUUCUUUGUUCUAAACUAUUAAUUACCAUAAAAAAAAAUUUUAGAUUCAGUCAGAAAACAGAAUCAUGAACACUUGAUUUUUAACGGCUGAAAUCUACUGACAAUGACAAAAGUAUUAUUAGUUAUGAUACAAUUUUGUUUAGGUUAUGACUACUAUCUAAUAAAUGUUUUCAAAAUAUUUGUUAAUUGAGGCACCAAAUUUAAGGUUAACUUGUUUGUUGAUAGAAUUACUACAUGGUAGUCUUCCAGUAUGUAGAAGCUGUAAACAGUAAUCAAAAGGUGCUAGUCUUAGGUCUGGUGGGUUCCUUUCUGUCUUUAUGAAAACUGUCAGCUCUAAUAAUGAGAAAUUUGGACUUGUUCAUGUGUCUAGUGGUGUUCUAACCACAGAGGAAAUACUUUGACUUGUACAUAGAACAUAAAAUUUGUUAAACAAAACACCUAGUGUUUGACUUAUUAUCAUUUGGUGAUCUGUACAUAGCAAAUUCUUUUGAUCCCUGUGGUGUUUCUUGUGAAUAAAGUAUUUGUAAUCAUGAAAGAAUAA